CUGUACGCGACUCACGAGCACCAUGAGCCGCUGGUGGCGGACCGCCGCGACCUUGUCGUUAGGAGCGGGACUCGGCGUCUCAGCAAGCCGCCUGUGGACGCCCGCGACCAGCGCGGAGGACCAAGAAGAUGGUCUUCUGGGCAGAGUCCCGGCGGUACCGGUACCGCGCAUUCACGCCUCCCAAGUCACGGUCAGUCCGGGUUCUUCUGGCGCCCUGAUGAAGUACGGUUUCCCGUCACUGAGCAACGUGAGGACCAGAGAGUCCUACGUCAGCUCGUACGACCCGCGCACCAGGACGCCGUCGUGGGUGAUCGAGCGGCUCAGCGGCGCCUCUCUGAGCGGGACUGCGGACCGGAAGUUGUGCGACUUCAAAGAGGACGACAGCGUGCACGUUUUCCACCGUGCUACCAACACAGACUACAGGGGGAGUGGCUUAGACAGAGGUCACAUGGCCGCAGCAGCCAAUCACAAGUGGAGCCAGAAAGCCAUGGACGACACCUUCUACCUCAGCAACGUAGUUCCUCAGAACCCUCACCUGAACCAGAAUGCUUGGAACAACCUGGAGAAGUUGUGUCGCUCUCUGACCAAGUCUUACACAAACGUGUACGUGUGCACGGGUCCGCUCUACCUGCCCAGGCAGGAAGCCAACGGCAAGCUUUACGUGCGCUAUCAAGUCGUGGGUCGCAAUCACGUCGCCGUGCCGACGCACUUCUUCAAGGUGCUGAUCCUGGAGCGGGCCGAAGGUGAAGGGGUGGAGCUUCGCUCAUACGUUCUCCCUAACGAGCCCGUGGAUGAGAAGAUUCCUCUGGAACGAUUUCUGGUUCCCAUAGAAAGCAUUGAGAGGGCCUCAGGCCUCUUGUUCGUCCCCAACAUCAUGAAGAGGAGUGGCAGCCUGCGCGCCAUCACUGCCAAAUGAAACAUUCUGCUUCAAGCAGGCUUUGGCUUCCUCAGGACUGGAAACCUUCAUCCAUCCAACACCUAACCUCCUUGCUGCCAGUCAUCAUUCAAUAACUAUGGAUUUAUGUCUCCCAUAAGCCUCAUUAUGUUCUAAUAGACAUUUGUAGGAAAUCAUUAAUUCACUGAGUGGCUAAAUCUCAAUUACAAGUAGAUUUUAGAAGAGCUGUAUGCAUUGAUUAUUAUUGCUUGAGUUUUUGUUGAGUGCCUUAAAAUAAGUACAGUAUAGAUAGAACUAUAAUAAUGUAGUUGCUCAAUUAGUCGAAUAACCUAGUGAGUGAUUACAAGUAGUAUUAUAGAAAUAAUGCCUGAUUAAAUCAUUGGCUGAGUCGAUGAACAUCUGUUUAAGUGUGUCAAAGGUUAAACAUAAACAGUGGUGGGGCAAAACAGCUUGCACCAGCAGCCAGGUAUGGUCCAGAAUAUGGACAGAACUACCUUGACAUAGGCUGAGAAAAAGAAUGUUUUCUUUAUGUCAACAACUACAGUAAGGGUUAUCGUCGGCUGGCGUCACAAGCUUUGUCAAGGAAUCUUUGGAGAGACCGGUGCCAAUGGUCUGAGCAGAACAAGUAUAACAUGACAGAUGGGACAAUCGAUGGAGACUCUCUUUCAUUCGGACGGAAGAUCCGGGAACAGGUGAAUGAAACAGGGUCCAGGGCCCUGUACGACUGAGAAAGAUAUCCCUUCUGACUUACUCUUCGAUACAUUUUGUAAAUCUAAUUUGGUAUGGGCGUCUUUUUACCUUCUCAUAACUGGAGAUUCAGGAACAUGCAAGGUAGAGGUGAAAUUGGCUUAAGUAAUUUUCCAAAGUGGUCCUUUGACCUUUGACCUUGGAGAAUUUCAUCUCCAACACGUUCAUGAAUAUUAAGAAUAAAGUGUCAAUUUCCAGAGGAGUUAUCUUUGAAUAGAUGACAUUUUGCAUACACGUCUGCACCACUGUUAUACAUUCUAUCUGACAUUGUACACACACACACAUACACGUGUGUAUGUGUGUGUGUGUGUGUAUAUAUACUGCUCCAAAAAUUUAGGAACACUUCAAAAACACAUCAGAUCUAAACUGGGGGAAAAUGAUGUUGAAUAUGUUUCCUGAUAAUAAGUGGGUGAUGUAUUAGUAACAAAAUGAUGCCACAUCAUUUGAUAGAAAUGAAAAUGAUCACCCUAUAGAGGGGGGAAAUCAAAGACACCCCAAAAAUGAAAGUGAAAAAAUGAUGCAGCACACUGGUCCAUUUUGCUAAAAUGUCAUUGUAGCAACUCAAAAUGAUUCUCAGUAGUUUGUGUGGCCCCCACGUGCUUGUACGCAUGCCUGACAACGUGGGGGCAUGCUCCUAAUGAGACUACGGAUGGUGUCCUGGGGGAUCUCCUCCCAGAUCUAACCCUAACCCUGUAUUGCAGCGCAGAUGGACUCCGCCAAGGCUUUUAAAACUUGGUCGUGGCGCCAGCGAUACCGCCCCUCCCCUAGAGCCAUUGGGCAGCAGCUCAGGAUGUGCUCCAAGGUUCCCCUCCUCUGGCAAAGCUUGCACUCUGGGGUGUGUGCCAGGCCCCAGGUGUGCAGAUUAGCUGGACUUGGAAGGACGUCAUACACUGACUGUAUGAGGAACUUUGUCCGCAGAGGUUCCGCUCUCCAGAGCUCUGCCCAGGAUAGUUUGCGCGGUUCCACAUGCUCCCACCUUGUCCAAGCCCCCUGCCUGGACAUGCCACCCAUCCUGCGGCAGCGUUGUUCCUCCACCUCUGCCCGGAUCUCAUUUUGGACAAGUCGGCGCUUCUCAUUGCCGCGAGCCUGGUCGUACUGUGGCCUGGGAAAGCUGCCAAGACCUGCCCUACCCAUUGCCACGGUUCCCACCAAGGUCUUGUGUCUCAGCCGCACCCCUGCCCUGCCCACGGCUUUUUGUGCCUGCCACUUCCUUCCAGUUUUAACCACAAUCCCUGCCGAUGCCACCUUGAUGUCUGUGGAGUCCCUGUACAUCAACACCUCUCUGGAUCGGGUGACCUUGAACUCCUCUGAAAGUCCACUGAGGGGGAGGUGCAGCUUGGUGGAAUGGCCAUACUGUAUAAGGCGAUGCUGCUCAGGAGAGAAACUUAUAGAAACAAAAUGUCAAAAUGUGAUGACGUCAUAUAAAUUUAAUCAUUAAAAAUAAUCGUCAGAAACUAACUGUCAAAAUAUGAUUGAUGACUUGACACAUCUGAUGACAUCA